CGAGGGAAGAGAAUGCUCUGAUGUAUAAGGUCAUGAAUUAAGAUAUGUCCGAUGUAAACUAAUAUUACAACGGACUGUUAACAUUUAAAGUCAGUGACAUUGGGUGCGAUACUCCUUUCAACAAUUUUUAGAAUCCACUUUGUUCUGUAAAGUCAACAGCGUUGGCAUUCAUUGUGUUUUAAAACGUCACAUUCUUAGUGAUGUUGACUGGCUACAGCAGUAGUUCGGAGGAGGAAAGUGAGGCACCAUCAACGACUACCCAAGGCUCAGUUAUUUCUUCUAAUUGUCAAGUGGAACAAUGUGAUAACAACAGCCCCGUAAGGAAGAAGCGGAAAAUAGAGAAACAGGUCCCCGAAAAAAGCAGGUUGCCUCUUCCUGUUUGCCUGUUGACAAUGUUUCCUGAUGAUGUUGAUUCAAAGCCGGAAGAAAGUGCUCUUCAUGGUGGACGUAUCCGCUCCUUUAAACAUGAGAGAGGAAAUUGGGCAACAUAUGUUUAUUUACCUUACUACCCUGAGGAAGAUUUUAGGUCUUUAUUAGAGGAGAUUCUUUUGCUUGCAAAAGCUCGUGGUGUGGUUUUAACACCUCAGGAGGAGUUCCACCUCAGCCUUUCUCAGACGGUUGUGCUGAGACACCACUGGAUCCAACCCUUUACACAAAGCCUCAGAGCUGGCCUUGUUCAUUGCGAGAGGUUUAAGUGCUCAAUGGGGAACCUGAGGAUCUAUUGUAAUGCUGAAGGAACAAGGACGUUUCUGGGGAUGGAAGUGUCUACUGGGCAUGCUCAGUUGUUGGAACUGGUUCAAGUAGUGGACAAAACAAUGGCAGAGUUUCACCUGGACCCUUUCUAUAAGGAUCCAUCUUUCCAUGUGAGUUUAGCCUGGUGUGUUGGGGACUUCAGGGAACAGCUGGAAGAAGGCAUUCAGGAACUGCAGAAUCUUGUGGAGGGCCAUGAAGACGGACCAUUUCAGCUGAUACUGGAUUGCGUGGAGGUGCACUGCAGGACAGGAAACAAGACCUUUUGUUUCCCUCUGUAGCUCUUAACUGUGAUGCAUUUUAAACUCUGUCAUCUGGACCUUCACAUUGUUUUAUCUUACCCUCUGACGUCAAGGCCAAAGCGGGACUAGCCGCCCAUACCAAGUUGCAGCAGUUUUUGACAGUUUUGCACUGAAGGAAAGAGACUGUUAUCACAUAAUCUUGGUUGAUCAACAAUUGGAAGUAAUUACUGGAAAAAGUAAUAUUGUAUUGUGUACUGGCAAAGGUUUCAGUUUGGUAUGUAUGGCAUGGAACAAUACAAAAGAUAAAAGUAACACUUACUUGGUGGAUUCACAUGUCUUUAAAGUCUCACUUGACGUAUCUAAUUUUGGCCUAAGUCCGGUGUCCCUGGCAGAGCAUGAAUAGUAAAAAAACAAAAAAAAAAAGAAAAAAAAACACAUUUUGCAGCAUUUCUGUAAUGGAUAAAUUCUAAUUUUCCAAAACUGCACCAGUUUAAGGAAUGCUAUUUAGACAACAUAAGAGAGAUUUCAUUUAUGAAAUCAUAAAGCUAAAAGUCAAGUUCAGUAUAUUCCAGUAUAUAUUCUCGUAUACCUUCUUUAGUCCGCAUGAAGUGUUACACACAGAUGAUAUUUUUGUGUUUUAACCAGGGGACAGUGUAUAGAAGCAUGUUACCGCCACUGAAGAAGGAAAAAUGCUGUCAUGCUCACAGUAUAAUGUGACUAGUUUAUUACUCAAAGGCAAAGUUUUGUAUUAAAUUUUUAUGAGAAUUAAACUAAGUUUUGUAAAUAAAGAAAAUACAAAAAAUCAA